UUUUAUCCACAUUUGAGCCAAUUUUGGGAGUGACACCUCAAGAGUGGUUUUUGACCAGCUUUUUUCAAAAUUAAAAAAUCCAAAAAGCCAAAAGAUAACUGUUUAUGAGAAAAUUUUUGAAAUUUGCGGGAAUUGCUGUAUUGCUUCAAGAACUAACCCCUGGAGCGCAAAUUCUACCAUUUCCAGCCGUUUUGGAGCGAGAGUGACAUCUCAAAAAACCACUCUUGAGGCGUCACUCUCAAAAUCGGUUCAAAUGUGGAUAAACUCGUUAAAAAGGUCGAGUAUAAUACACAACUCGAUUUUUAGCUGCCCAGCUGCAAAUUCACCCUUCUGGAGCAAAUUCAAAAUUCUGGAGAAAUCGAAAAAUCGCGCUGGAGGCUCCAGAAUGGACGGAAAUUGUGAAAUUUGGAUUUGGGAGGCUAGUUACGGACAAAAUACAGCGAUUCGCGUGAAUUUCAAAAAUUUCCUCACAAACGGUUAUCUUUUGAUUUUUUGGAUUUUUCAAUUUUGAAAAAAAGCUGGUCAAAAAACAACUGUUUAGGUGUCACUCACAAAAUCGGCUCAAAUGUAGAUAAGCUCGUUAAACAGGUCGAGUAUAAUACACAACUCAAUUUUCAGCUGCCCGACUGCAAAUUCACGCCUUCUGGAGCAAAUUCAAAAUUCUGGAGAAAUUGAAAAAUCGCGCUGGAGGCUCCAGAAUAGCUGAAAAUUGUGAAAUUAGAAUUUUGGGGGUUAGUUUUGGACAAAAUACAGCGAUUCGCGUGAAUUUCAAAAAUUUCCACACAAACGGGAAACUUUUGAUUUUUUUGAUUUUUUAAUUUUGGAAAAUGCUGGUCAAAAAGCCACUUUUGAGGUGUCACUCUCAAAAUCGGCUCAAAUGUGGAUAAGCUUGUUAAACUAGUCGAGUGUAAUAUACAACUCGAUUUUUAGCUGCCCAACUGCAAAUUCAGCCUUCUGGAGCAAAUUCAAAAUUCUGGAGAAAUUGAAAAAUCGCGCUGGAGGCUCCAGAAUGGACGGAAAUUGUGAAAUUUGGAUUGGGGAGGCACUGCAAAUUCACGCCUUCUGGAGCAAAUUCAAAAUUCUAGAGAAAUUAAAAAUUCGCGCUGGAGGCUCCAGAAUGGCUGGAAAUGGUAAAAUUUGGAUUUGGGUAAUUAAUAUUAGUUUUGGGACUUAUUUUGACUAUUUUUACUGAUUAAGUACGUACUUUUUAAAAAAAAGCAUAAAUCGCCAAAAGCAGUCAAUAUUGAAUUUUCAAAAAUUCGCCAAAAAUCGAAAAAUGAACUUGGGUAGCUGAAAAUUUGGUUUUGGUGGUUUUAGACUAUGAUCUUUCCAAAAAUCGCGGUCCCGUUCAAAUCGGAGUGUGACACCUCAAGUUGUAAGUACCUACCUACCUACCUACUUUGUUUCCAUGGAAGAUUUUUUUUAAUUUUGAAAAAAGUUUUUGAAUUUUUACCUUCAUUUAGGAGUUUUCAAAAAUGAAUUUCAUACUUGAAACUCUAAAUCUGGUUAAAAUGAAGUAGGUAGGUAAGGUAAAUCCGGCUGGCCGAUAAGUCGAGCUCCUAAGUUGAAAAUUUGAAAUAGUGUUAGAAAUUCGACGUGACCUUGAAGAUUAUACGUACGUUCAGUGUAUCUCAAAAUUUGAUUUUUUUUUUGUUUGAAAAAAUAAUGGGUUUUUUCUUAGGUUUGAAUUACUUUUUGAACGUUGAAUUUCGAUUUUGGAGCAGGUACGUAUACGUAAAGCUGCGCCUCUAAAGCUGCAUAUGUGUACUAGAAAAACCGGUAAAAUUAAAAUACCCAGUAAUUAGCCUGUUCCUUCAAAAAUAGUGGGGCAGGAAUGUCUUAUUUAAUGUUAUUUUCAAUUUUCACUUUUAGGGAAACCAUCAUUGAUCCACUCCACUUAACCACUCUGCCUAGUCGAGUUGAUAUUUUUGGGUACCUACCAUAACUUUUAUAGGCUAAUCAUCGAUUGAUGAUUAAAUAGUAUCAGACUCUUGCUUCGUUCAUUUUAAUUUUUCUGGUUCACUGAUGAGGCUCAUAAUCAUUGAACCAUUUCCAAUAUUCGAGUUUCAUAAUACCUACCUACUUGAGAUAAAUCUUGAACCAACGGAGAAAUUGAAUUAAAAUUCAGACAAUUUGUAGAGCUUGAAUACAUUGGCUCGCUUCUGUACCGUUUGAAAUUCUGCAAGGCUGAAUAAUUCAGCUGUGAAAAAAUGAAUCCAUUGUUUUUUUCCAUUUUGUGUGUCUUAUUCGUAACUGAAGUUCGGUCCAAAAAAGCUUUAUUUUUCAAUUUGAAAACCAAAGCCUUAGACGACGUUUGUCAUGAUGAAAAUGGAUACAAAAAAUGUCCCUCUUAUUUAACCGCAUGCUCCGCUUCCACUCCUCAAGAGGAGCAAUUCAACGAAAAUAUCUCUCUUUCCAAAGGAUGUGUUUUCUCGCGGCUUAUUUAUGCGGAAAAUGAAUCCGAGAGAAACAUUAUUCGGAAUUUUUGUGAAAAUUCAUUCGAUCCUGUGAUGUUGUAUGAUUCAAAAGACGAUGAGUACGAAAUCGGAUAUGAGCUUUAUUUUGAAGAUGGAAAACUUAAUAUGACGGAUAAAACUUAUGAUAUUUAUAAAUCGGUGAUUAGAAAAAAUUCCAAAUAUGAAAUUAAUAAUCAAACAAUAUCUGCCAACGCAUCUGGAUUUGUAAUUAAAUACGAAGAUGAGAAAAACGUGAAAUUCAGCUUCACAGACCCAUCGCGCACACUGGUGUUUUAUUGGAUCGAAGUACUGGCUAUAAUAUGUUUGAAACACAGAAAACGCACCAAAUUUGAUAAUUGUUGGAAUGGUCUGCUUUAUUUCUCAUUUAAUAAUCUGAAAGAUGAAUGCGAAAAUUAUGGUCUCAGUGACGAUGACGUGUAUUCGUACUCAAAGGGAAAUCAGAAAAAAUGUUUAGAGGACAUUUUAGCUCCUCUUGGUUUAUUCGAAGGAAACCCUGAUUUAUCGUGUGGACAACCUUACGGCUGCUUAAGUAGAUCACAAAUAAUACCACUAUGGUAUUUCGUCUCAAGCUCUGCUAGGCUUGCCAGUUGCUCGCAUAUGAACAUUAUACCAGUUUGGAAAAGCAUCGCAGAUGGAAAUCUGAGGAGAGUGGACCUUUACUUAGUUGCAGCUGUUCAGGUGGUUAAAGGACAAAUCUCUCUCGUCUUGUUCAACGAAUGCAUCGUCUGUUAUGCUCUAUGCUGCUAAUAAUAAUAAUAAUAAAAAAAAAAAAAAAAUCGAAAAUAUAUUCACUUAAAUACUCGUACAUAUUAAUCACUAGUUCUAAGAAAUGAUUAGAUAUUCAUAUUUCAUUUAAUUUUUCUGAAGUGUAAAAAUUUUGAGGAAAAAUACCUACAAUAAAAUAUAAUAGGACUUGAAUUUUCGAUCAAUUUUUUUUUGUAAUAUAGGUACUUGCAGAAAAAUGGUAAAAUGGUAUAGUGGUGUAGAGAAGAAAUUUGUAAUUUCUGUGGUACAUACCUACUAUUGCAUAUCUAGAAAGGUAAAACGUGUGUAGAGAAGAAAUCUUUAGAUUUCUGUGUUACACAAUUUAAUAAUCUUGAAAAGGUAAUUGAAUGGUUUAUUAAUGGUACCUACUCAACAGUGUCAAGAAGAAAUUGAAUUUUAAUUCUAUUCUGAGAUGCACGAAAAUUGAGUAAAAUAUGUGUUUCCUGGUUGGUAGUUGUAGUGCACGACAACUGGCCAAAGACAGUGAAAUUCAUUGGUAAAAAUGUCAGUCUAGGAAGGGGUUAAAAAUGACCAAUUCUUAAGACUAUGAUAACUCGUAUGUGUGGGAAGGGGUGUUAGUAGGUAUCGCUACUUAGGUACGCAUUCCUACCUCUCUCUCUUCACACUCCUCGUUCUCAACCCCUAUCCUAGGUAUACUGGAGAGGGUGGUUCUGGAAUACGUAUACGUACAUGCCGUGCAAUGGUUCACGGAUCGGCCAGACUAAUUUUAAUGGUUGAUAAACAACCACCUUGUUUACCUACGUGUGUUUUUCGUCGUGUGUGUGUGCGUGUGCUACGAUAACAAAUAUGCUGAAAAAAUGGAUAUUCCACAAACUCCAAUUAAAAGACCUUUAUCUACCAGCACUCUUUCUCAAGAUGAACAGCUUUCCCAAACUAUGUCCGCUAGCAACGAAAUGGAAACAACACCAAAUUUGGAAAAGAAGAAGAAGAAGAGGAAAAUCAAAAAAGUUAAACUAGAUGAACCAGAGCCAAUUUCAAUUAAUCAACUAUUAGAGUCAAUAGAAGAUAACUUUGAUAAAAAAAAGAUGCACUACCCUCUCUCUUUUACCAACUUCAGAUUACUUAUGGAAAUGGUUAAAGGACAGCAAGACCCUUAUCCAAGUGUCACACAAUUUACUAAUGAUAUUGAUGGAGUUAUUAAAAUCCUAUCUGAAAACUACAAGCACCUUGAAUACAGAUCUAUGAAAAUUAGAUUUACAAAACUGCAGAAUAAAUUGAAAAAAACCACCCCUGAAGAAGAAAACAAACCUGACCAUACAUCAGAAUCAUCUGAAGACUCAUCAUCAUCAUCAUCAGAGAAUGAGAAAAACUGAAAUUAAUACCUACUUUUGUUUUGUUUUUGUUUUUGUUUUUUUUUUCUUCUUACUAGAUAUCCAUAAUAAUGUUACUGCUAUUAUUUUAGUAUUUAGUUUACUACCUAUUCAGUAGAAAUAUUUAUAGCAUUGUUGUGGGUAUUUAGGAACUUGAUUGUAAAUAAUUUUUGAAUCUUUUAAGCCAGUCAAAAAACAAAAAAAACAAAGAAGAAACAAAAGAAAAAUCAAAUCAAAUUACCUACUUUUGGACUAUUAAAUCAAAACAAAAUUUUAAAAUUUUCUACAAACAUGAAAUUUAUAAAAAAAAAAAAAAAUUGCUGGAAAAUUUCAAUCUUUUCUCACCCCCCAAAAAAUUUUUUUUUUAAAAAAAAUAGUCUGGUAUGAAUUUUCUCAUUCAAUGGAAUAUAAAUGGUGUUUAUAGCCACUCUGGUGAACUCAAGACUCUCAUAAGCAAAUUUAACCCUGAAAUUAUUGCCUUACAAGAGACACAUCUCCGCAAUCAUCACUCUUUUAACCUCCGAAAUUACAGCUCUUAUCGUUUCAACUUUCAAGGAGGAAAUAAAGCUUGUGGAGGCACAGCAAUUUUUGUAAAAAAAACUACCUCAUCAUCUACCUUAAAUAUUUCUAUAGGCAAUAUCCAAGCAAAUGCAAUAACUAUUGAGGCUCCAAAUUUCUAUAAGUCAAAAAUAUCUGUCUGUAAUGUUUACAUCCCCCCUCACCAGGUCAUAACAGAAUAUGAAUUAGAUCAACUUUUUGCCCAAAUACCAAAACCUUAUAUUGUUGUAGGGGAUUUUAAUGCCCACUCCAAAACUUGGGGAUCAAGUAUCACAAAUAAUAGAGGUAAUGUAAUUGACAAAUUUCUCCUGAAAAAUGAUACUUUCCUUCUAAAUGAUUCAAAACACACUCACUUUAACAUUUCUAAUGGUACCUAUUCAAACAUUGAUUUAGCUUUUUGUUCCCCAAACAUUUCCCAUCUUUUGAACUGGAACCCCCAUGAUGACCUUUAUUAUAGUGACCACUUUCCAAUUAGCAUCAACAUCCCUCUUCAAACUCAGAAACCCACACAUGAAAAAUGUCCCAAGUGGAUUCUAAACAAGGUAAACUGGUCACAUUUCAACAAAAAAGUUCUCCCAAUUGACUUUACACCAGAUGAUCUGGACACUAUAGUUUCAUAUUUCACAACUUCUAUUAUCCAAGCAGCUGAAGAAACCAUUCCAAAAACUUCUACCAAAGUUCCCAAAAAAUCUGUCCCAUGGUGGUGUCAUGAACUAAAAACUGCAAUCCAAGAUAGAAAAAGAUCAUUAAAAAAGUACCAAAAAAAUCGCACUCUUGACAACCUCAUUCAUUUCAAGAAAAAAAGAGCUAUUGCUCGCCAAAUCAACUUAUCUAAACAAAGAGAAAGUUGGAAUAAUUUCAUGUUGAGCAUCACCCAAAGCACAUCUACAAAAGAAAUGUGGAAAAAAGUUCAAAUCCUUAAAGGAAGUUAUAUACCUACUGAAAUACCCUACUUAGUAGAUGACAACACUGAAAUAAACUCAAUAGAUGACAUUGCAAACACCUUAGCCAGAUCCUUUGCAAAAGCUUCUGCAACUGCCUCUUAUAACUCUGCUUUCCAAACACUAAAAACACAAAUAGAAUCCACCCCCUUAGACUUUUCAUCUCAAAAUCUAGAACCAUACAACUCUCUUUUCUCUCUUGAAGAGCUAAAUCAUUGUCUAAACUACAACAUUAAAGAUUCAUCCCCUGGACCUGAUGAAAUACACCCUCACAUGUUAAAGUACCUUUCAGACACUGGAAAAGAAGAUUUACUUCAGUUAUAUAACAAAAUUUGGACUUCGGAUUCCUUCCCAAAAUUAUGGAAAACUGCAACAAUCAUUCCAAUAUUAAAACCAGAUAAAAGCCCAAAUCUGGCAUCUAGUUAUCGCCCCAUCUCCUUAACUUCAGUUCCUUGCAAAGUACUUAAAAAAAUGGUUAUUAAACGUCUUAAUUGGUAUAUUAAUUCCUCAAACUCUCUUAGCAUUUAUCAAAGUGGUUUCAGAAAGAAAAGAUCUACCCUAGACCACCUCUUCAGUCUCCAAAAAGAAAUUAGUUCGGCCUUCCAGAAUAAAGAAAGUGUUCUUUCAGUCUUUUUUGAUCUUGAAAAGGCAUUUGAUAAAGCCUGGCGUUAUAAAAUUCUCCAAAAAUUACAUUCCAUUGGAAUUAGAGGACAUUUGGCUUACUUUAUUCAGAAUUUCUUAACAAACCGUACUUUUAGAGUGAGAGUUGACAAUACAUACUCAGAGUUUUUUGAAAUUGAAAAUGGAGUCCCCCAAGGUUCAGUUCUUAGCACAGUCUUAUUUAUACUUUUGAUUGAUGACAUUUCCAAUGUUGUUUCUAGACCCAUUUCUCUGAGAAUCUUUGCUGAUGAUAUAAACAUUUCCUUUCGUUCAAAUAAUAUUCAACUAGCUCUUCAAGUAAUCCAAGAAAGCCUUGAAAAAAUUGAAUCAUGGGCAGAUUCAAAUGGUCUAACCUUCUCUGAGUCAAAAACCCACUGUAUACUUUUCACCAAAAAAAAUAAGAUUCCUCCAGAUCUCAUCCUCAACUUCAAAGGACACUCUUUAGAAUUCAAAACCACAACUAAAUUUCUUGGCUUAACUUUUGAUAGAAAACUAAAUUGGACUCCUCAUUUUCUAAAAGUAAAAUCAGAUAUCAUGAAACGCCUAAAUCUGUUGAAAAUAAUCAAAAACACCAAGUAUAAACCAUCUCGCAAACUCCUACUUCACUUGUAUAAAUCUCUAAUUCGCAGUAAAAUUGAGUAUGGAAGCCCAUGUUUUGCAAAUAUCUCAAAUAAAACUUCAAAUAUCCUAAAAACAAUUCAAAAUUCAGCCCUAAGGAUCUGUUUAGGAGCCCUCUAUUCCUCUCCAAUAGAUAGCCUAUAUUGUGAAGCAGCAGAAUUACCCCCAGAUUUCAGAAGAACUCUCAUAACAAACAAAUUCAUCUCAAAUGCAUCCACCAACCCUUUCCAUCCACUCCAAAACUCAAUUAACCCACCCAACCCCCAACAUUUUGAUCAUAUAGAAGGACCCAUUUCUAAUUUCAUCACAAUGUUGAAUGAUCUUCAAAUCAAUCCCAAAACUCUCAUCCAAAAACCAAUAUUAUACCCCCCUUGGCUUCUAAAACCUCCUCAAGUCAACCUACAGCUUAUUAACUACCCAAAAAAUAGCCACUCUCCAUUAGUAAUAAAACAGAACUAUCUUGAACUUUUAUCAGAAUACAAAAAAUUCAAUCUUUGCUUUACAGAUGGAUCAAAAAUACCAACACUUCACACAGGAUAUGCAUACUCUAUAAAUGAUAGAAUUUCAAAUUUUAAAAUCCAUAACUGUUCCUCAAUCUACACUGCCGAACUCACAGCUAUUUUCCACUGUCUCUGUGACAUACUCACUUAUGAAUCAGAAAAUAAGUCCUUCUUAAUUCAAAGUGAUUCCCUCAGCUCACUAACUGCUAUCCAGAAUCUUUUUUCCGAUCACCUUCUAAUUCAAAAUAUUCAUAAAACUCUAUUUGACUUACAAAAUUCAAACUUCUUCAUACAGUUUAUGUAUGUACCCAGCCACGUUGGAAUCUUAGGAAAUGAAAUUGUAGACAUUAAUGCAAAAUCUGCCACCAUCCUUUCUCCCCUUAUAUUUAUCACAGCUGACGACCUCAAAUCUAUCUUCACCCAAAGCACACUUAAGAAAUGGCAAAACUUUUGGUCCCUCCAAACCACAAACAAGCUCUUUCAACAUAAAAAAUUAGUCCAUCCUUGGAAAAACCUCUCCCACUUAAACAGACUUGAAGAAAUCAUUAUAACCAGACUGAGAAUUGGCCACACAAAAAUCACACAUAAUCACCUCUAUGAAAAGGCCCCAAAACCCACAUGUCAAUUCUGCCUCUCAGAACUUAUAUCUGUCCAACACUUACUAUUUCAAUGUCCCUCCUUACAUCAGCACAGACUAUCCCUACAAAUAGAUGAAAGAUCCCUAUUCAUACCAGACGACCCUUCCGAAAUUAAAAAAUUCUUAGACCUAAUUAAAAAACUUGACCUUACCAACUCGAUUUAAAUCUCAUACGACGGGUGUAAUAAUCAAGUAAUUACAAACACCCCCAAAAAAAAAAAAAAAAAAAAAAAUA